AUGCGUGUUCACUGGCGUGAUCAUCAUAGCUGGGUAGCUCCUAUAAACCGGGGCGGACGUCGGCGGCAGCAUACUUCAUCAGCUGCGGAGCAACAAAUCCAGCAAUUUACUCGUAUCGUCCGAUGCCAACGUGCGUUUAAUCACGGGCUAGGGUCCCAUUAUAUCCGCGUGCAAACCCUCGGAGCCGAGGCUAUUCCCGAGGCCGAUUCGCUAGCAAUAUCUGAUCAUAAUAGUCAGGUGAUUGAUCAGAUAGAAAGAGCAUAUACCGAAAGAGAAGAGCUCCCCCAGGUGAUCGUGGCUAGCCAGCGAGACGAGACGAAUCCAUGGCUUCGGAGGACCCAGUGGGCCGUCUAUCUCCAGGGGAUCAACCCGCACGACCUAGUGGACUGUGUCCGAGCCCCCGAUCCCGAGUCUGUUGAUCAGACCGAGCAAGCUGCAUAUGCAAUUUGGAAUUCAAUAGCCACUGUAGCUCGCAUCAGCCAGUUGAUCUGCACCAAAACGAGCAACACGAUUCGGUGCGAGGCUGUUCGGACUGAGCGGGAUCGCCUGCCACAUCAACCACUACAAGCAUAUAUAGAUGGUGAUAAUGUUAAGCGACACACGGUCCCAUGGCAGCAGAUUCUCAUGUUUUUCACGCGCACGCAGGCCCCACAUGAUUGGGCUAGCCUCCACUACAGACUAGCCCAGGCAGAGCUUGGUGCCUCACCCAUCGUAGGCCAGGGCAGAGCAGGCCAUUCCAACACAGGCCUUUCCAACACAGGCCUUUCCAACACAGGCCUUUCCAACACAGGCCUUUCCAACACAGGCCUUUCCAACACAGGCCUUUCCAACACAGGCCUUUCCAACACAGGCCUUUCCAACACAGGCCAGGGCAGGACAGGCCAUUCCAACACAGGCCAGGGCAGGGCAGGCCAUUCCAACACAGGCCAGGGCAGGGCAGGCCAUUCCAACACAGGCCAGGGCAGGGCAGGCCAUUCCAACACAGGCCAGGGCAGGGCAGGCCAUUCCAACACAGGCCAGGGCAGGGCAGGCCAUUCCAACGCCGGCCAGGCCAACACAGGGCAUUCCAACACAGGGCAGGCCAACACAGGGCAGGCCAACACAGGCCAUUCCAACACAAGGCAGGCUAACACAGGCCAUUCCAACGCCGGCCAGGGCAGUGAAGACCUGAGCAGUUCGGACCAAAGCAGUAUGCAUUCAGGAAGUGAUUCCGAGGACCAACAGGACCAAAUCACUAGUGAAUCUCCCUUUCAGCUCACUCCCCUUGACUCCGCCUGUCUCGACUUUUGCAUUGAGCUGUUAAACCACCGAACUAAGGUCGAGGACUAUAAGAGCGCGCUCAUCUGCGCUAGCGCGGUGCUUGGACGUGGAGAGGCAGGCUGGGGCACUGCCCAGAGCUAUCCUCCAAUAUUGUCUAAAGUGAUCAAGAUUGCUCGGUUUAUAGUGGUCCACAAAGCAUUAAAGCUAGACCCAACGGCCAAGAAGAUGAUCCAUCAACUAGCUAUGCAUCAGAUGGCUGGCGAAUGGGAUACAGAGAGUCCGUUAGAUUCACCUGAUUUCACGUUUUUAACGCAAACAACGGACGAUUCGUUUUACAACGAUAACGAUAGCCUAGAUCAGGGGGCAGCACAGUCAUCGCACUUUAUUCAGUUUAGCCAGGGCCACACACAGGGCCACCGCCAACGAUCAUUCCGGGAGUGGGUGACCGAGAUGAUCUACGCACCUACGGCUUAA